AGGACUCUCUCAGCACUUAAAAGAAUGGAUGAUGAAGAUGACGAGAUGAUUAUCAACGAUCAGGAUGUUCAGAGACUUGUGAUUGUUACCCAGAAUAGUGGGACAGGUGAAGGACCAAAAGCUGGUGCGAAAGAUUCAAAGUCCAUAUCCAGUGAGCUUGAUGCUGUGAUAAAUGAUGGUCUUUACUUCUAUGAACAGGAGCUGAAAAUUAAACGAUUUAGUCGUAGAAAGAAUAACUCUAUUUAUGAGAAUAAAGAUGGAAAUCCAAGGUCUCCAAGGAGUGCAUUGGGAGUAUCAAAUUCAAAGAUAGGUGAAAACGCUGCUGGGAGCAGUAGUCUUGUGGAGUCUGGAGGAACAAGUUCCUGAAGGAAGCAAAAUAAAGGUUUCUCAAAGCAACAUUCAUUCCAGAAACAGAGAAUUUUCUCCAGCAACUUAAGAAUCAUGGAACCAGUCACAACUCAAUUUCAAUAAUAUCAGAAAGUCCACCAAGUAAUUCGGUUGGAUAUUUCUUUGGUUCUACUCCUCCAGAUAGUUAUGGCUCUAGGCCGCCUUCGAAGUUGAGCUGUUCACCACAUGGAACUCUUUCUAGCAGUCCACCAGUUGGUUCCUUGCCAAAGUCGUUUCCACCUUUUCAGCAUCCAAGUUAUCAGCUGUUAGAAGAAAAUGAUUUCAAGCAACAGAAGUAAGGGAUGGUGGAUUUUUUCUCUAAUAUAUGUAUGUAUUUUUGUAUACUUUUGCACAGUUCCACAUAUAACUUUCAAGACUUUGUCAGAUUUUUGUUGUACCUAAAAAUGACUUUCUUUGUGGUCUGUGCUAGAGCCCUUCUGCAUGUACUUGUACUU